UGGGAUAUUUUGCAGGACCAGUAUGAGAGAAUCCAACAUUAUCAGCAACAGAGUCCUUAUGAGUUAUGAACUCCGAAAGUUAAGAGCACACUUUUACACAGUUCACUUCCAUCUUUCAUUUCUUGUAUCUGCUAAGUGAAAUAAAAAGGGAGAAUCUGAAUGGUUUCUGCUGUUAGUUUCAGUCAAAGCCUCGUUUUCUUGAAGCCAUCAUCUCAGGUGAAGUGUUGCACACAGUCACAGAACAAAGCAGCCACAUCACAUAUUCAAACGAAGAAACGGUGCUUGAGAUGCAACACCCUUUACUCAGAUCAAGAUAAUUCUCCACAUGCUUGCUCCUUCCACGGCCACACCAAUGGAGAGAAGGGUCUAUUUUCAUUUGCUCCACCGCACCAAGGAAUUGAUGGAGAUUGGAGUGAUAAAUCUGGAGUAAUUGUAUACAAAUGGAAUGAGAAGAAUAACAGGCCAAACACUGGCCCUGCCAAUUGGAAGAAGAGAUGGAGCUGCUGUGCUGAGUAUGAUCAGAAUGCCCCACCUUGUAGACGUGGCUGGCAUGUUUCUUAUGAUGAUGGUUUUACUUUGUACUAGGUAGCAACACUCUCUCUAACACUCUGUAGCUAUAUUGAUGAGAGGUGAAAAAGUUUCAAACUUAACCUAGUUGGUCCUGCCUUGUCCAAUCUAUUUAUAAUCAUCGAAAUAAAAGUCAGAUGCAAGCUACAGUGCCAAUUACCGAAGUUGUUCACUGCGAAUCUUAUGCCACUCUCUACAAGUCACAUUAAACCGCAGAUGGACUUUCCAGUCACAAAGAUCAGCUAUCACUUCAUAUCAGCCUAACCAAAAUUCUCAAGUUUUUCUUGUUUAUAUAUAAGAAACAGAAUAUUGCAUGAAUGCAUCUUCAGAAGCUCCCAUUGUUCUAUUACUAUCAUAGCAUGUUAGAGAACAACUUUGCAACAAUCAACAUAGAACAUAAUAUUAUAUUUUA